AUGGUAGCAGCUGCCGUGAAUGGACGGCCAGAGUGCAACAUGGCGGACUGCGAGUCGGAGGUGCACCGCUUGCCAGCCGUGAACCAGGACAGCAGUACGAGAAACGUAGCGGCGACUGUGACAAUGGUGAACAACAAUGCGCGCGUGCCACAGCAUCCGCUGGCUGCUGGGCCAGACAAGGACCCGGUCGGCCAAGGGCCGCGGUGCGUAACGAUCUACAAGACGGAGACGGGCUUCGGGUUCAACGUACGCGGUCAGGUCAGCGAGGGUGGACAACUGCGAAGCAUCAACGGCCAGUUGUACGCACCGCUGCAGCACGUCAGCGCGGUGCUCCCGCGAGGUGCUGCCGAGAAGGCCGGCGUCCGCAAGGGCGAUCGUAUCCUAGAAGUGAACAACGUCAAUGUCGAAGGCGCCACUCACAAGCAGGUGGUGGAUCUGAUCAAAUCAGGCGGCGAUGUUCUCACCCUGACCGUCAUUUCCGUGACGCCGCAGGAAGCGGAGAGAUUGGAGCCCUGCGAAGAUCUGAGCUACGCAUCGGUAGAUUACAGCGAGAAGCGAUCUCUGCCCAUCAGCGUCCCGGAUUAUCACGUCCGCGAGAGGAAGCACGAGCGUUAUGUAGUCUUCAACGUCCACAUGGCUGGCAGGCACUUGUGCUCGCGCCGAUAUCGGGAAUUCGCGGCGUUGCAUAUGGCAUUGAAGAAGGAGUUCAUAGGAUUCAAUUUCCCGAAAUUACCGGGAAAAUGGCCAUUCCAAUUGAGUGAGCAACAGCUUGACGCAAGAAGACGCGGUCUGGAGCAAUAUUUGGAGAAAGUCUGCGCAGUACGCGUAAUAGCAGAAAGCGAUGCCAUGCAAGAAUUUUUGACAGAUCGACUGGAGGAGGAUGGCGAUCAAGGUCCAGCAGUUGAUCUCAAAGUUCUAUUACCUGAUCGCGAAGUCGUAACCGUGACUGUUCCCAAGGCAGCAUCCGUGAAAGACGUCUACGAUGCAGUUUGUUGUCGAGUAGGUUUAGAUGCAGAAACCGCGAAGUACUUUUACCUGUUCGAGAUUGUCGAGUACAAUUUCGAGAGAAAGUUGCAACCUCACGAACACCCGCAUACUUUGUAUAUUCAAAAUUAUUCGACUGCCAGCGCAACGUGUUUGGCAAUAAGGAGGUGGCUUUUCAAUGUAAAUAGGCCUCUGAACGAGCAGGCAUUGACUUGGGUAUUUUGGCAGACGAUCGACGAAGUGAACAGGGGUCAUAUAACUGCGGGAGAAAGGCUGUAUCAAUUGAAAGCUCUACAGGAUGCAUCGAGAAAACACGAGUAUCUGAAAUUAGCGAGAGAACUCAGUGGGUACGGCGACAUUGUGUUUCCACAUUGCGCGUGCGACUCAAGAAAAGAGGGCCACGUGAUACCAGCAGUGGGCAUGGCAACUUUCAAGUUGCACGCCGCGAAGGAGGACGGUACCCUGGAGUCACAGGUGGUCGAGUUUCAAUGGAGCAACAUCACCCGGUGGGAAGUGGACGAAGAUGGAAUGGCAUUCUGCUUCCAAUACAUGCGCCAGGAUAAUCGUCCACCCCGUUGGCUCAAGGUCUUCACCCCUUACUAUACGUUCCUCUCGGAUUGUUUCGACCGAAUAGCCGAAGAAGCAAAAUGGGACGAUCCAGGGGAAUGACGUAACGUACAACGCUAAGAGGUAUCCUGUGUAUAACGUUGAGGAUCCUUUUACGGGAUAUCUCGUACUCGUCUCUCCGUAGUCGAAAUCUUUUCUUACUAGAAUUAGGGCAAUCUUUAGAAACGGUUAACGUAGUACCUUUAGCAUAUCAAAUUUUCCAUCUGUUAGCUUUGCCGAACAUUUCCAGCAUUAUGCACCGAUAGAGGGUUUGUCCACCAUCAUCAUCGGAAAAGCCAAACGCGAAUGUGGAUACAUAUACAUUUUGGUGGACCAAUGCUGUUACCAGAGAAACAAAAUUAGAUGAAUUACUGCGACGUGCUCGCAAGUAAUCUCGAUCGAGACCGGAACGUGAUAAAUAAAUUUAAACUCAGAUAUUUAUUAUUGAUGCCACGCUCGUCCACAAUCUAGUGAAGGAAUCUCGACGUAAACCGGUAUUCAUAGUUUGUUAUUAUUUCAAGAACGUGUUAAGUAAUGUCUUAAAAUGCUAAUAAGGUCCUCUUAUUAAUUCGUUACAUCUUAAGACUACACUUAAGACAGUCUUAAAUAUAAAAAUUAUCUAUGAAUACAUAGCUUGAAUUUAGUGCGCAAGAAAAUCAACCUGGUUUUGUGCAUCGAUAUAGCUGGGACUUUUGUUUCGUCGAUGAAACACGUGCCGUUUUUUUUUUCUUUAUUACAAUGAACAAAAUCGCGCACGCGAUGAUAUAUAAGAGAAUUACGUUAGUGUACAGAUACGUAGACUAUUACUACGGGGAUAUGAUCGUGUCCGCCUAGAGAAACCUAUCCUUGUGGCCUAUGAAUUAUUAUGUAUACAGCACGCAACUCAUUUUCUAACAAGAAAAUCGAUCGUCUUACGUAAAACGUUCCUCCUUGUUCGCCUAACAGACUCGAAACUCUCUUUCAUUGGAUCUACGUAUCGAUCAUGCGUUUAAAUAAAAUAACUGAAAUAAUACCCUGUGCAUUUUCUAAUGUGCAAUAUUUUAUAAAUCAAUGAUAAUCUGUCAAUUCGUUACGCAGGAUAUUUUAAAACGAGAGACGCCGCUUUCGCACAUUUAUAAAAAAAAUCUCAAUAGUAUCGACAGCGCGUCCAAUUUAUCGCUGUAGUAGGUUUCAUCGUUUGCAAUGAAAAAUUUGUAUAAUGAGAAGUACCAGAGAUCUGGGACGUCUAAGAAAACAGAAGAAGUAGAUACAUAUCAUAUCCAUUGACAGUUUUAUUAUAAGCAAACCCGAAUACUUGUUUCCUUUCUUCUUUUAAACUAUCCUGUGUAACAAACGAAUUCCUAAUACACGCGUGGCUACGGCAGGUACCACGUGUCCCGUAAUCGAUAUGUAAAUGUAUCGAUCAGUCCUCUACACAUUUUGUUAAUUCAUUAGUAUGUAUAGCGUAUUAGAGUUAAUAAGGAAUAGAACAAACUGUACAUAUUAACGUUAAAAAUAUAUACUUUUUGAGAAGAAACUCAGUUGUG